AUGAGGCCUAGGCAGUAUGGUCCCCAGAACCCAAGUUAUACAAUCAUGACCUUCUACCCAACCACGGAAGAAUUUAAAGAUUUCAACAAAUAUAUUGCAUACAUGGAAUCCCAAGGUGCACAUCGCGCAGGCCUGGCCAAAGUGAUUCCCCCCAAGGACUGGAAAGCCAGACACACCUAUGAUGAUGUCAGUGACAUCUUAAUAGCAAGCCCCCUCCAGCAGGUGGUCUCUGGGCGGGCAGGCGUGUUUACUCAAUACCAUAAGAAGAAGAAAGCCAUGACAGUGGGGGAGUACCGCCAAAUGGCAAUUAGCUUUAAUUAUUUGUCUCCUUUUCAUUCUGAUUUUGAGGAUUUGGAGCGAAAAUAUUGGAAGACCCGCCUCUACGAUUCUCCGAUUUAUGGCGCUGACAUCAGCGGCUCCUUGUUUGAUGAAAGCACUCAGCAGUGGAACCUUGGCCACCUGGGAACCAUCCAGGACCUGCUGGAGCAGGAGUGCGGCGUGGUCAUCGAGGGCGUCAACACGCCCUACCUGUACUUUGGCAUGUGGAAGACCACCUUCGCCUGGCACACGGAGGACAUGGACCUUUACAGCAUCAACUACCUGCACUUCGGGGAGCCCAAAACUUGGUACGUGGUGCCGCCAGAGCAUGGCGAGGGCCUGGAGCGCCUGGCCGCCCAGCUGUUCCCGGGCAGUGCCCGCGCCUGUGACGCCUUCCUGCGGCACAAGGUGGCUCUCAUCUCCCCCACUGUCCUCAAGGACAACGGGAUCCCCUUCAGUCGGAUCACUCAGGAGGCCGGCGAGUUCAUGGUGACGUUUCCCUAUGGCUACCACUCUGGUUUCAACCACGGCUUCAACUGCGCAGAAGCCAUCAACUUCGCCACCCCGCGAUGGAUCGAUUAUGGCAAAGUGGCAUCUCAGUGCAGCUGCGGGGAGGCCAGGGUCACCUUCUCCAUGGACGCCUUCGUGCGCAUCCUGCAGCCUGAGCGCUACGAGCUGUGGAAGCGCGGGCAGGACCGGGCUGCUGUGGACCACACGGAGCCCGCCUCGCCAGACAAGGGGGAGCUCAGCGCCUGGAGGGAGGUCCAAGUCCCCCGGAGAGCCUCCCUGGGCCUGAGGCACCUCCCUCCCCGCAGGGCUGCACGCACCCCUCGGCCUGUGGCUGCUAGCCGUAGGACUGGCCGUUGCACCCCAAUGUGCCUGGCACCCCCAUGCUCCAUGCCGACACAGAGUUCUUCCUCCGAUGCCCGGUCUGGGCUUGUCCCGGGCUGCACUUCCCAGGAGCCUGGCCCCACCCGACCACCGACCCCUAUUCCCUCUGCCCCAGGUGUUCAUCCCUCAACUGGCAGAUGUGGUCCUGGUCGUCGUCCUCGGGAACAAGGGGCUCUGGGGCCCAGCAUCAAGGCUCGGGCCAAGAGGCGCCACUCGGUGGGAACAGGGCACACAGCCCAGCACUCAGACGCUGCUCCCCUGCCUAUGAAUGGACGGUUCAUGGACAAUCCUGCACCGCAGAGCCCUGGAUACCUGUUUGAUGCUAAAGCUUCUGGGUGCCGUUGUGCUCCUGAUCUUCAACCCUUAGGGCCCCCAUUGGAUCCGGAGAAUCUGAUGCACCCAGGCCCUUGCCUGUUAUCCCUGGACAACAUCACAGUCAACUUCUCUGACAAUGUCCCACUGACUCGCCCCAGUGUCACUGGGACUCUGAGAAGAUUCCCCAAGGACUCUGAUGGGGAUUGCAAGGCCCCUGCGAGCCCCUCUGAGGUUGUAUCAAUGGACCACACUUAUGCCUCCGUGAGUCUGACCCCAGCUCCAGUUGCCAGCCUCUCUUGCCUCUCCGACUGUGAUCCUCUGGGGUUCAAGACCGAGACAGUUGCCCUUUUUGAGUCCUGGGAUGUGUUCACCAACUAUGGAAGAUAUUCAGCCUUUGAGCUCAUGACUAUUGAAGAUUUUGCCCAGUAUGGCUGUAUCUGA